UAUACGGAUACGGGUAUGAGACAUGUACACUCUCUGUAAUUUUCAUACUGACCGCCACCGCCACGACGUCAAAAUGUCUGUUUUUGGCGACGGUUCGGUGUACGACCUGGAGUUCAGAUCCACCGCAGAUGACGCGUGGUACAGCGCACGAGUGGUGGUAGAAAACGACACGAUGACUGUGAAGCUCUGUGAUUUUCCGGAUUCUGUCGACGAGAAGUUCAAUGCCGCCGAUUUCAAGACUCCGGAGGACGUAGACGAGUUCGUGCAGAGGUUCCGACAGAUAUCGGAGCAGUUACAGGACAGCCAUUGCUCGCGACUCGUCGAAGGCCUGACUGUCUGUGCCUUGUUUAAGUUGAAAGAGGACGAUAUUCGCUUCUACGACGCUGUUGUCGAGGCGGUGCACAAUAGCAAACAUUCAUUUGUGAAUGAAGAAGAGGAGUGCUUGUGCACCUUUGUGCUGUUCUGGCAACAUGGUCCCAAGUGGGGUGAGAUGACACCAGCAAAUAUUGCAGAUAUUUGCCUUAUUGAAUCUAGUGCUUCACUUGAUCCCAGAGUGGCCUCUUUCUCAAGAAUGGCAAAGGAGAAAUUUGAAAUCUGUUCCCGAAAUUCUAGUUCAGUCUCAGAUGGUGGCAUUUCAUUGUCUAAGAUAGGUAAAUGUGAUAAGGAAAAGAUUUGCUCUACCAUCAAACCAAAGUCGAGUUCAUCUCAGUGUAUAAUUCAGGAGGAGAGUGCCGGGCAGUUUGGCAGUUUGGUGGGGAAAGCUGAAGGGAAGGUUCGCAAAAUAUGUCAACAGGAUCAUGAUAGAGAUUUGGGAGGCAAUUAUAUUGACAUGAAUUCUAUUAAAAAUCCGCGAAUUCACUAUUUCAUACUAAUUGAGAACAUAGAGAAAGACUUGUCCCCUUCAUCUAUCAUGGAAUUCAUCCAUAAACAAACUUCUGUCUCACCACUAGCAUACGUUUUCCCAAGUUUGUCAAUGGAGUCCUAUACAAGGGGAGCCAUUGUGUUAGAUUGCAAAAAGGAGCUUUGCAAGAUAAAUGAGUUUUUAAAUAAUCCUGAUCACAUUAUAUUGUCUUCAAGGGGAAGGCCGUGGGUCAUAACUGAAAAAUCAGUAAAGCAUGGAACUUUUAAAAUGGGUCUUGGGGGCUUGAUGCCAAAAUCUCAGCAAAACUCUUCCAGUUAUAAGAAAGCAAAUGAAAUGAAAAAUUGUGGCGAGAAAGAUUUAAGGCCGUGGGUCAUAACUGAAAAAUCAGUAAAGCAUGGAACUUUUAAAAUGGGUCUUGGGGGCUUGAUGCCAAAAUCUCAGUAUGAAAUUCAAAAUACAAACAUUGAGAAUGAAUUAAGGGUCGUUCAUUCAGGAACCGGAGAAUUCAGGACAGCAAAGAGAUUAAGGGACUUAUUUGUGGAGUUUGUGGAUCACCAACAUAGACUUCACAAGAGACUAGCAUUGGAGGAGAGGGAAAUCUUGCAGCAAAGACUUGCAGUUUAG